UUAAUCAGUUCCGCAUCUGGCUUUGCCAUUUCGUUUCUGCUCAUCUCAUCGAGGCCGCUUAGUGCGAUGGGAGAGGAGAACGGGAUGGGAGAGAUGGAGGGGAGAAGGGCCAUGGCGGUAGAUCAGGUGGCGAGGGAAAACGUCUACCCUCGUCCACUCUACUCCCACGAGGACGUCGUCAAGGACAGGGCCCUUUUCAUGGACUCCAUGCGCCGUUUCCACGACUCCAUGGGCACCAUCCUCUCGAUUCCCGUGUUAGGAGGAAAGGAGAUCGAUCUGCAUCUGCUGUAUAGGGAGGUGACUCAAAGGGGUGGCCUCGAAAAGGUGAUCUUGGAGAAGAGGUUGAAGGAAGUCGUGACGGCAUUCAGUUUUCCUUCCACUACCACUAGUGCAUCCUUCGUGCUAAGGAAGCGUUACUUGAGCCUGCUGCACCACUACGAGCAGGUGUACUUCUUUGGAGCCCAGGGGCCUCCUAUCCCUCCUGCCGCUUCGUGCAUGACCAGGACCCCCAAGAUCAAGCUUGAACGACCUCCGGAUGCUUCCGACCUGACCAUGAAGAAGCCUAGGAGAAGGAAAAGAGAGCAUGCAGAAACGCGAGGCAAAGAGUCGCAUCAUUUUACCGUGACUGGAUCAAUCGAUAGGAAAUUCAAGUACGGUUAUUUUGUGACGGUGAAGUUUGGCGGUGAGACACUGAACGGAGUGCUCUUUCAUGUCGAGCAGCCUGGAGAGGCUUCAUCCUCUGCAUCUGUUCUGCCUCCUGUGAACGUCGCCGCAGCGAACGGUACCCCGACCGAAGUGAAACGUAGGAAGAAGAGAAGGUGCAGAAGCUCUGACCCUGCGCACCCGAGGCCGAGCAGGAGUGCGUACAAUUUCUACUUCGCUGAACAAUAUUCCAAGCUUAAAGCUCUCUAUCCUGAGAAAGAUAAAGAAUUUAGUAAAAUGAUAGGAGAGUCCUGGAGGAGCCUCAAUGCAGAAGAAAAAAAGGUGUAUCAGGAUCGCGGAGUGGAAGACAAGGAGCGAUACAGGAGGGAAAUGGAGGAGUACGGGGAGAAGCAGAAGCUCCAGCAGUCGAAGGAAGUCACGGAGGAGGAGCUGUUCAACGCGAAAAAUGGUAAACCUGAAUGAAUGGAGUUGGGGUCGUCAAGUUGCGAGGAGGGUUACUAAGCACAUGGAAGAGGCGUUGUGAGGAACCACAGGCAGCGUUCGCCUCUUGGUGGUAUCUGUUGGCUAGUUUCUGUGUUUCGACAGCGGAGUAGUUUUGCUGGUAGUGUUCUUAUGAAGCAUUUGUAUACCGACUGCUUAAGAUUACCUUGUCUUUUGGCAAUGGAACUUUAUAGGUUCAGAUCAUAUUAUGCAUAGGGGAUAGUGGGACCUGCAAACCGAACUACGUCCCAUGACGUAGUCUUGGAUCUUUUUCUCUUUUUUUUUUUGGCGAAGGAUCUUGGAUCGCAGUUAAGAAAAAAUAAUUGUACCUGAUAACUAGGAAGAAUAAUGUAAAAUAAAUACCUUCAGAUA